AAAUACAUGUUUCCCAAUCUCUAACCAGAAUAGUUUGAUUUAUCCUAAUUUUCAGAUGAAUAAAUCAUGGACUUCAUAAAAAGCAAUCCCGAAGUGCAUAAUUCAUUUUAUGUCUAUAGCUCAAAUAAAAAUACGAUCAAUUUCUUUUCUAAUAAAAGAAAGCCAAUACACAAACUAAUCAUCUCAAGACCAAGCCCUUGACUGACGCAGAAUAUUUGGUACUCAAUUUUAUCAAUAUCCUUUUUUCUCAGAAACUGAAAGACAUCCAAGAAUACUUAGAUCAAGAAGGUGGCAUGAUGAUUGAACCAACACCCCAUUUCGUACUCAAAGCCUUCGAUCAGAACGGCGAAAAAGUCUUCUUCAAUGUCACCGCUCAUUCCGUCGUUGAUGCUCCAGAAGAAAAACAACUUAUUGAUUACAACAAUGAGGUUGGCAUUCGAGUGCCCAUGAGCGUUGGGAGCAUCAAAGAAGAUCAUGAUGUAAGUAAUAAUGCUAAAUCUAAUUCAACGUAGAAGGCGAUACUUGCAAAGUCAUCGAUCUAGUCAUCAAUCCAACAGUUGCCACCAAUCUAAUCUCAGAUGACAAUCUAAAAACCUUCUUUUGCCAACUUGUACAAACCUACGUAGAUUAAAAGUACAAACUCAAGUUGCAGGAUAGUAAGAAUCAACUAAUAUCGUAGAAUUCAUCUCUCUCAAAAUGAAAUACAAAGGAAAAAGCAUACAAUUUCAAAGAGUCAAGGGAAAGAAACCCCCCAAGGUUUAGGUAAUUGAUGAAAAACCUAAUUAAUCCCCUGUGCAGAAUAAUGACGAUGAAGAUGAGACAGAACAAAGUAAUUACAAUUGAAAUCGAUAUUCUAGUAAGGAAAAGGCAGAGAGAGGAGUUCGAAAAAUAAUCUAUGUCCACUCAGCCUCCUGCUUUUGUCACCUAAGAACCUGAAUGGGAAUUGUACUUGAUUUACCCAAAUAAUGAAUAAGAAUACGACGGGGACCUAGAUUACAAUGCAAUUAAGCAAUACAGAUUUUAAAUUCUCACUCCCCUUUUAAUCACUGGAAAGGCUAUCAAAUUAAAGGUAGAUGAGGAACAAUUCUAAAUGGUGGCAGGCAAAUUCUAUAAAAUUUCAUUGAGAUUCCCUUCAAAGAUUAAUAAGUCUUCUGUUAAGGCUCUCUUUUUGACAGAAAAGCGUACUUUGUGGAUAUCUGCAGAUGUAUAUAUAUUGUAUAUUAGGUUUAGGUUAAGAAGGAACAUGAAGAAGAAGGAAAUCAAUAGAAGGAGGAGUAAUACGUUAAUGAAAUUCAGAAUGGUUAGCAACAGUCUAGCAGCAAUUAUGAUUUACAAAGCAAUCUAAUAUUUGAUAUUGUUUGA